AUGGUGCCAAGUACGGAUUCUCAGUCGUGCAUCAAGGUGAUUGAGGCCAUCCCUGGGAUCCAGGAGGUUGAUUACAAUAACGCUGGCAAGGUCGCCGACUUGUGCAUGCAUUUUGCUGCCAAUAAGACAACGGAGGCCAAGGGAGCUGCUGACACCUUGCUUGCUGCAGCAAAGGGCAAGCCUUCCAGUUGCCUCAAGGCCUGCGCCACCAACAUCAAGUCAAUGGCCGAGGUGUUGGUCAAUCUCCCUGCUGGGCAGGACGACAUGAACGCCUAUCUCACCUUUAAGGAUGUCAGAGCCAAGUUCAAAGACGAGAAACCACCAGCCUGCGAGAAGGACUGCUGGAACAAGACGUCAUCGUCUUCAGCUGACGAGACCGGCAUCGUGGACAAGUUCCAUGAUAUCUGGAAUGUGGCCAAAGUUGGGAAUAUGCAGAUUAAUUAUAUCUUCCCUUGGCCAGACAGCGACGACGACGAUAACAUCCUUUAA